GUCCCGCUGUCCGGUGGUCCAGCCCUUCGACCGCCAGGCUGCCGGGCCGGCUGCUCCGCCGCACGGAGCCUCGGGUGAGGCGGCCGCCCCCGGCUCGGCUGGGGCUGCGGAUCCCGGGCGGGGCGUCUCCGGCUGCCCAAGCGGUGCCGCCACUCGGCUCCCGCACCCAGAGCCCUCGGGGCGGGGAAGGAAGGAUUCUCUCAACAUGAGGUCCUCCCUGCAGGCAGUCACGCUCUGGGGGAAGAAGGCCCCUUCCCACAGCAUCACCACCAUCAUGAUCACUGAUGACCAGCAAACAAUUGUGACUGGGAGUCAGGAGGGUCAGCUCUGUCUCUGGAGUCUCUCACCUGAUCUAAAGAUUUCAGCCAAAGAGCUUCUGUUUGGUCAUUCAGCUUCAGUAAUAUGUGUGGCGCGAGCCAGAGACUUCUCUAAACAGCCCUAUGUCGUUAGUGCUGCUGAAAAUGGGGAGAUGUGUGUGUGGAAUGUCACCAACGGGCAGUGCGUGGAGAAGGCCACCCUUCCCUACAGGCACACUGCGAUCUGCUAUUACCACUGCUCAUUCCGGAUGACAGGAGAAGGCUGGCUUCUAUGCUGUGGAGAAUAUCAAGACAUUCUUAUAAUUGACGCCAAAACCUUGGUUCUAGUUCACACUUUCACAUCGUCCCAAUCUCCUGAUUGGAUCAAUUGCAUGUGCAUCGUUCACUCCAUGAGAAUUCAAGAAGAUUCUCUCUUGGUGGUAUCAGUUACUGGUGAACUCAAAGUGUGGGAUCUCUCUUCAUCUAUCAACAGCAUUCAGGAAAAGCAAGAUGUCUAUGAAAAGGAAUCCAAAUUUCUUGACUCCCUGAACUGCCGGACAAUACGAUUUUGCACAUAUACAGAGAGACUUCUAUUGGUGGUAUUUUCUAGAUGUUGGAAGGUUUAUGAUUAUUGCGAUUUUUCCCUUCUGCGGACUGAAGUCAGUGGAAGUGGGCAGUUCUUUGCUGGUGGAGAGGUGCUUGCUGCUCACAGAAUCAUCAUCUGGACAGAAGAUGGUCACAGUUACAUCUAUCAGCUGCUGAACAGUGGGCUUUCAAAAAGCGUAUACCCUGCUGAUGGAAGAGUACUUAAAGAGACCAUUUAUCCUCAUUUACUGUGCUCUACUUCUGUGCAGGAAAAUAAGAGCCUUCCCUGUGUAAUGGGCUACAUGAAUGAAAGGAAAGAGCCUUUCUAUAAGGUACUUUUCUCUGGAGAAGUCUCAGGAAGAAUUACUUUGUGGCACAUCCCCGAUGUUCCUGUGUCCAAGUUUGAUGGCUCUCCUGGAGAGAUACCAAUAACUACCACCUGGACCCUUCAAGAUAAUUUUGAUAAGCAUCAUAUCAUGUCACAAAGCAUUAUCGACUACUUCUCCGGGUUUAAAGACGGAGCUGGCACUGUGGUGGUCACUUCAUCAGAGUAUGUCCCAGGUCUUGAUAAACUAGUAUGUGGCUGUGAAGACGGGAACAUUUUCAUUACACAGGCUUUGAGUGCUGCCAAAGCAGGACUUCUGGAAGGAGGUUCUCUAUUGAAAGAUUCCCUUCCUUACAAAGUUCUCAAAGGCCAUCACCAAAGUGUUAUUUCAUUACUUUACCCACAUGGCCUCUCUUCAAAAUUGGACCAAAGUUGGCUGGUGUCGGGGGACCAGGACUCAUGUGUCAUCAUGUGGGAUAUCUUUACUGAAGAAAUUUUGCAUAAAUUCUUUUUGGAAGCUGGUCCAGUAACAAGUCUUUUGAUGCCACCAGAGAACUUCAGACUGAGGAGCAGUCAGGUGGUUUUCUGUGUGUGCGGCGACCACUCCGUGGCCCUCCUCCACCUGGAGGAGAAGCGGUUCCUCUUCUGUGCCCGGAAGCACCUGUUCCCGGUGAAGAUGAUAAAGUGGCACCCGGUUGAGAAUUUUUUAAUUGUUGGGUGUGCAGAUGACUCCGUUUACAUCUGGGAGAUUGAAACAGGCACUUUGGAAAGACAUGAGACAGGAGAAAGAGCAAGAAUUAUUCUUAAUUGUUGUGAUGAUUCACAGUUUCUAAAGCCUGAGUCAGUACUUUCAGUUGCCUCAGAGACACAUAAGCACAAAAGUGUAGAGCAGAGACCCUCCAGCUCCUACCAGUUUGGGCCAAUACCUUGCCCUGGUCUGCAGGUGGAGUCUUCAUGUAAGAUUGCUGAUGUCAAGUCUUUCUCAGGUCCUUUUAAUGUCCUGCCUGUGAAGACAAAAUGGAGUAACAUUGGCUUUCAUAUCCUUCUGUUUGACUUGGAAAACCUUGUUGAACUUCUGCUGUCAACGCCAGCCUGCGACAAUGACCCUUCCAAUUCAUUCUAUGGCAGUGAGAUCCUGAGAAGAGCCAAAAGUACAGUUGAGAAGAAAACAUUGACGCUGAAAAGAAAUAAAACUGCCUGUGGUUCUCUCUCAGCAGAGGCACAAGCCAAGCCUGUGAGCGAAGCCCCAGCCCAAGGAGAUAAUUCCAUCGUGGUCUUAGAAGAAUAUGAUGGAAUUAAAAGGCAGAAGAAAAUGAAGAGCUCCAAAAAGACACACCCUAAGCCGUCAAGAAAAUUUGAUGCCAACCUCAUAAUAGAUGCAGCCAAAUUGCUCCUAUCUUGCCUUUUGCCGUGGGGAGUGGAUAAAGAAUUAGAUAACCUCUGCAUUAAACAUCUCAAUAUUUUGAAGCUUCAGGGUCCCGUGUCUUUAGGACUUGCUUCAAAUGAAGAUCACUUCUCACUGAUGCUGCCAGGUUGGGAUUUAUGCAAUGCCGAAGUGAAGAAAGACUACUCAAAAGUCAAUUUGUUUUCCAGAAAAGUGUUGGAAUUGUCAAACAAAUACACAUCCACUCUUCCAAAUCAAGCUGGGAUGCCAAGAGGGCUGGAAAAUAAUUGUGACGCUUUGCAUGAGUCAAACACUAUAAUUUAUUUAUUGAGAAGACUAUUUUUAGUUAACAAAUUAGUUAACAUGCCUGUAGACUUGGCAUAUGGAAUUGAUAGCUCUUUCAAAUUGGAUUCUGUGCAUAACAAAGUGAAAAGUCCUGGGAAUGAUAUUUUGCAUAUUUCAAGCUUCUACAGUUACCUACGAAAUGGCAAGAAUGAACCUCAUCUACCUGAAGCUGACAUUUCUCUUUUGAAGCUAAUUUCCUGUUGGAGAGACCAGUCUGUGCAGGUAACUGAAGCAAUACAAGCUGUUCUCUUGGCGGAAGUUCAACAGCACAUGAAGACGUUGAGAAGGACACCAGUCAACAGUGAACCAGCGUCCAUGACUGAGAAUGAUAACUACCAGAUGAUGCAGAUCCGGCCAAAGAUGGAAUGCACGGAGGAGCUAGAGUUACAGUGUAUUACAGACAGUUUGUCUCUGCAAACUUCAGCCAGUCUGGUCAAGCAUGACAGCGACUCAAACUCGGCAAACUUCCAAGACACCGAGGACGUGCCUGACAGAUGUGUCGUGAAAGAGUCUGAGAGUCCAGGUGAGCCAAGGCAUCGUUCAUGGAUAGCAAAGAUGUGCUUCUGCAAGCUGUGCUAAAUGAAAUAUCAUCUAUAGGAAUUGCAUUUGGACAUAUUAAGAGAUCCAAAACAUGCCAUUUGUUUAUCGUUGUAUGUAUGCUAUGUUGUUAUUGAUCAAGAUAUUUGGUUGUAGUAGAUUUGCUAAUACUUUAGCCAGAGUAUAUUGAAAGUGUAAUUACUGAUAGAAAAUAUCCAAAUUUAUCUAAUUUUAGAAAACCGUUGUCUAAUUCAUUCUAUACUCCUAUUUCUUACUUUUAUUUUAAUAUUUUCAACAAGAAAUGUCAGCCCACAGACAUAGAUUUAAACACCAUUUUAGAUUUUCUUCCGUAUUUUCAGUUCCUGAAUUAUAUAAUAAGCAACAUUAAAACCACAAUGCUUUUAAACAGUGUAACGCACAAUGCUUUUAAAUUUAAUGUUGCUUCAAUGUAUUUAAUCAAAACUUUACCAAAUUUGUUUGAUUUGUUAGGUUAGGACGUUUUGUUUUAGUAGAAGUUUUAAAUCAGAUCAAUCACCCUGCAGUAAAUCUAAUCCCUAAGGAUGAAAUGUUGUCAACAAAUAGCCAGUUUCAGUUAGUCAUCAAUUAGCCCAAAUAAGUGUAACGGAGUAUAAUCGGGACCAAACUUGUGCAGUUAAGUUGGAUUUCUAAUAACAUAGAACCUAAUGUCUCUAGCCAAAGGUUGAUCUUGUUGGCCAUACAGAUGUGAAUUUGGGAAGGGGACCAUACUUAUAGCACAUCAUAAUUGAUCCUUAUGGAGUAUAAACUCUUGCAAGUCUUUUUUCCCAGAAAGAAGCUUGACUAGCAAGAAUUCUUAAACUAAAAUAUGCAAAGCAAUAUAAAUAGGAACAGACAUAAAGUGCUCAUGUAUUAAGGCCCUUGGUGAUCUGAUCUAUUUGCUGUAUUGUGUAUUAUUCUCUUUUCAAAGAAGAAUAAAAAUAAAUUUAAACCAUUGCCAAAUUUAGCAUUGUUUUAGGUCUAAGGAAACCAUACUGAAACCUUGAUGAAUAUUUUAUGAUGUCCCUAGCCAUAGGAAAUUAGAACUGACAUAAUCCUGACAUUACUAAAUGAGAUUUUUAAGAUUUUUGGCAUCAUUUUUAGAUGCUAAAAUUAAUAAUUCAUAUUACAUGUCUAAUUAAAAUAGUUUAUCAGUAUGAAUUCUGGAGGCCAACACCAACAACUAUCAAACAUUUUAAUUCCUAAAAAUGUGACUUUAUAUAAUACUCCCUAAUAUCCAUGUGCAAGUUAUUAAUAAAAUUUAGUCUCUUUAAAAAUGAUUUUUUAAAUAUUGACUUACAUUCAACAUUUCAGUAAUUUCUGUGGUAAGGAGAACUUAAACUAGCAAGUUUUCAGACAAUUAUUUGGAUCAACCACGUGGCAACCCUAACCACAGCUAACAGCUCAAAAGUUAAUUUCGUGUCUGUCCUUUUUGAUAGCCUCACCUUAAGUAACCAGUGGUUGAAUUGUAUUUGUGAGCAAACGUGUUUGUAUCCAGAGUCUUCCUUGUCAUUGUAAUAAUUCAUUAAAAAUUAUCUUGUGCUUUUUUUC